GCUGCGGCCCCCACAGCUGAUUCUGAUAGAUUCUCAGCGGACUGGGGAAGCUGUGGCCGUGGUUGAAGGCAGUUCUUUUCCUCAUAUCCCUGGCCCUGUGGUAUUGCUCUUGGGAAUUCAUGAAGAAUGGAACUGAGUAGCUCCAGAAUGGAAAAGGAUUAUCUCGAUGCUUCAGAUCUAAUCUCUCCAGUAUGCUGGGUGUCUUUAAGUCAAUUGCAGUUCUUCUCUGUGGAAUCCAUCACCAUUUUUCCUCGGUCUUGAGGAUCCUGGAGGUGGGAAGAGAGAAGUUUGGAGUUCAGAGGUGCAGGGAUCCCCAGGAAGUUGAUGACCCUCCGUGCAUUGGCAGUGGCAGAGAGAUGGCCACUCCUGUUCUGUGGGCCUGCUUCGUGGUUCUUGCUGCAGGGGUCGUGGCGUAUGCCCAGAGACACAGCCAGCAAGAUACUCAUGUGCUGUAUGAACGCCUGGGCUCGGACGUGACCCUUCCCUGUGGGACAGCAGCCUGGGACACAGCAGUCACCUGGAGGGUCAACGGGACAGACCUGGAGGCUGCUCACCUUAAUGGCUCCCAGCUGGUCCUUGAGGGACUGGACCUUAGCCACAGUGGUCACUACGCCUGCUACCAAGGUUCCUCCUGGCACCUGCGAUACCAGGCCCUGCUGCACGUGGGCAUGCCACCUCGAGAGCCUGUCCUCACCUGCCGCUCCAACAGCUACCCCAAGGGAUUCUACUGCAGCUGGCACUUGCCUGCACCCACAUUCAUACCCAACACCUUCAAUGUGACAGUUCUGCAUGGCUCCAAACUGUUAGGCUGUGAGAAGGACCCAGCCCCCAAGAACCGGUGUCACAUCCGAUAUACACACCUCUUCUCUACAGUCAAAUACAAGGUCACGCUGACGGUCACCAAUGCCCUGGGGCAAAACUCCACAGCCAUCACCUUUGAUGAAUUCACUAUAGUGAAGCCAGAUCCCCCAGAGAACGUUGUGGCCCGGCCUGUACCUAGCAGUCCUCGACGCCUGGAAGUGACCUGGCAGACACCUUCCUCCUGGCCCGAUCCCGAGUCUUUCCCUCUCAAGUUCUUCCUUCGAUACCGGCCACUGAUCCUUGACCAGUGGCAACAUGUUGAGCUGUCCGAUGGCACUACGCACACCAUCACCGAUGCAUAUGCCGGGAAGGAGUACAUCAUUCAGGUGGCUGCUAAGGACAAUGAGAUUGGGACUUGGAGUGACUGGAGUGUGGCCGCCCACGCCACUCCUUGGACCGAGGAGCCCAGAUACCUUACAACAGAGGCUCAGGCUCCAGAGACCACCACCACCACCACCACAUCCUUCAUCCCCCCUCCCACCACGAAGAUCUGUGAUCCUGGAGAGGUUGGGGAUGGUGUGGAAUCCUCAACCAGCCUCCUGCUGACUGUGACCGUGACCGUGACUGUGACAGUGACCACCAUAGCAGCCACUGGCCUCUUUAUUUAAGUCCCUCUUUGCAUUCCUGUGGAAGAAAAUGUUGAAAACAGAAAUGAACAACAACAAAGGCUCACACACACACACACACACACACCCCAAAAAAAAACCAGGAAAAAAAACCAAAACAAAAAAAAAAGAUACCAUUGGGAUUCUCGUUUUUCUAUUUUGCACACGGUCAGGAGGACGUUUCACAUUGUCUCCAGCUUCACUUUCUAGAGACAACCCUGGCCCCUGACUCCCCUCCUCCAGCCUCCUGUCCCCAAUCUAUACCCUUACUCCCAGCCAGCAGACACCUUCCUCCCCUCCUGUGGCCCUGCAGCCUGUAGCUCCCCGGCUCUUUGGUUUUCUGCCUCCUCUCCAGCCCUCAGGUUGCGUGUCCAAUGUCCUGGACACUCAAACCCCUCACUCCCUGACCUCUCAACCUCCACCCCCCUCAAUCCUCACCUUUCCCCCUUUCCCUGUUGGAGUCCCCCAUAUCCUUGACAGUGGACAAGCUACUUAAGAGGGACCUCCACCCCUUCCCCUGUAGGCAAGAGAGAGAACCAUACAGCUAACCCACCCACCAAAGACAUAGCCCUUCUCCCUCAUCUGGGCCACCUCCCCCAGCCCCCUCCUCAUAGGGGGCCCCAGAGGACUUGGGUAGGGGGUAAGGGGGCCUCACACACCCCCUAAUGCCAGCAACUUUCCCCAUACCUCUGGCCCAAGUGCCCUCCUCUGGCUCUAAUUCCUCCUGCUAUCUCCUGCCAGGCCUUUGCCUAGGUUGGAUUAGAAGUUCAUAAGAACUCACCCAUUCUCCUCCAGUCACAAAUUCCCAUACCACAUGCUUUUUCAGUCUCCCCAGGCCCCAGGGCUUCCCAACUCCCAUUUUGUAUGGCCCUCCCUCACCUUGCCCCUCCCAAAAGUAUUUAAUGCCCCAUUCAUCCUAGUCAAACCCAGUGGUAACUUGCUGUAUUUGAAUUUUUUAUAGAUGUAUAUAUACAGGGGAGGGGGGUGGGGAAGGGAAGAAGGGUUCUCAUUAAACGUCACCAUUUCAUGA